AUGUUGUGUAAUUUCCUUUCCCAUCCCAGUUCCUUUUCAGACUCCAAAGAAGACUAUCCCAACUUCCCGUUUGAGAACGGAGAUGUGGCUGGUGCCAUCGAGCUGAAGCAGCCUGUUGGCGCCCAUUGCCACGGUAACAAAGCAGUGAGUGAGGAGAACCAUGACACGCUGCUGGCUAAGAAGAAGCUGUACAUUGCCUCCAUUGUGUGCCUCAUCUUCAUGAUUGGAGAGAUCAUAGGUAAGGCUUGGUGAUAAUAUUCAUUAGUCUAAAAUGCUUUUUCAUACCUAGGGCCAGGAGCUUUUCCUAACCAGACAAAACUAUUGGCCCUUAUUAGAAGCUAUUGACUAUUGAGAUCAGAGUAAUGUUUUACCCUAUAUGUAAAAAUAAAAUAAAAAUAAAAAUGGCCCUAAACUGUAAUUUAUACAAACUAUGAGCAGGUUCCUUACACUUUAAAGUCAAGGGGAAGUUCUGUGGAGGUCACUGCCAGUGAAAACUGGGUUUAAGACCAUCUGAGUCACAGUAGCACCAUGGGCAGUUCUCUGUAAUGAUAUUUUAGAGGCUCCUUGAAAUGCAUCCAGCCUUUCAUGUCGAAAUCCUCGCCUGGAAAAAAGACAAAUGUUCUGUCAGCCCAAAGGACAAUGAAGCGGAGGUAAAAGUGAUGAAAGCAUGACGGUGACAUUUUAUAUUCUAUAUUUUAUAUUUAAUGUCCAGGCUUCCUGCCAGGGCUUUGAGUCAUCCACUUGUUUCUAUAAUUCUUUCUCUUGACAUUUGGAAUGAAAGUGACUGAAACCAUGCUGUCUUUUGUACAGUACUACUCAAUUUCCUUUCAAGAGGCAAUUUCAGAGUUUAGCUAAUGACUCAGAUUCAUUCAAGCAUUGUAGUUUUUGCAUUAUGUUAUCAGUACAUUUUUAUUUAGCUGUAAUGGUAAUCAAAACUUAGUCUUAAUUAUUUUUUUUUUUACACAGUCUGUACUUUCCAUUCAUGAGACUCAUUCAUCAUCAAUAGCAUCUAAAACAGGGGUACUCAAGUACUAUUUGAGAAGGUCCGGUUACACAUUUCCUAGGUGGCAAAAACGAAAACAUGAAUAUUAUGGCUCUCUGAGACAUCUCCGUUGUUUCUGUGUAUCUACAGGUGGCUACCUGGCCCACAGUUUGGCUAUUAUGACAGAUGCAGCUCACCUCCUGACUGACUUCGGCAGCAUGAUGGUCAGCCUGUUCUCCCUGUGGAUCUCCUCCAGACCACCCACCAAAACCAUGACCUUUGGAUGGCAUCGCUCAGGUUAGGCCCAUGAACAUAUUUGAAUGCACUUUCCCUUUUACCAUUUAGCCUCCAGAAUACAUGGUGAAUGUUGUAAUAGCUGAAUAGUAAUAGCCAGGGUCUCAAUGCUUUAAAAUGACCUUUCCAUAGGUCAAUGGAUAUGUGGUACUGAUUGUCACUGUCUCCAACCCCCACAGAGAUCCUAGGAGCCCUGGUGUCAGCGAUGUCCAUCUGGAUAGUGACUGGGGUGCUGGUGUACCUGGCCAUCGAAAGGAUAGUCAAGAACGACUAUGAGAUCAACAGUCAAGCGAUGCUCAUCACCUCCAGUUGUGCCGUCGUAGUCAACAUCAUGUGAGUGGUUCAUUAUCACGGCUUAGUUAUAAUCAUCUGCACUUGAUUGUGGAAAAAAUACACAUAGUGAAGUAAAUACCUUCGCUGGGGUCAGCCAUUCACCUAUGUUGUAUUUUUUAACGUAAAAAAAAAAAAAUCAGCUCCUAUAAAACUGAAGGAUAAAGAUAAAGAAGGCAUUUUAGACUAUUGACAUCAUCAUUAUCAUCCUCUAUUCCCUCCUUCCUGUAGCAUGGCGUACAUCCUCCACCACUCUACCACCUUCCAUGCCCAGAGCUCAGGCUACCAGCAGAUAGAUGAGAACGGGCACAGCCCUUUGGAUCACGGCCACUCCCAUGUGGGUCACGGCCACUCCCACGCCCUGCUGGGUCAUGGCCAUGGCAACACCAGUGUGAGAGCAGCCUUCAUUCACGUGUUGGGAGAUCUCCUACAGAGUGUUGGGGUCCUAGUGGCUGCCAUCGUCAUCUUCUUCAGGGUCAGUAACAAAUACUAGUGUUUACACCUUACAGUAAAUAUUUACAUUAUGGCUCAUGUUAUACUGUAUUUAUUUACAGUGCAACAUAUUCAUGUUCACUGAAAAUGUCAGGUUCUUGGCAUAUCUUGAGCAAAAAGUCAUAACUUGACCUCUAACAAUAUACCAUUUGGAGAGAUACAACUGUUGUGCUAUUGAUGUCACUCAGAGUCUCAGUAGGAAGGGAUUAAUGUCUCUCAUCACCCUGCAAGAUGUUGCUCUUCCAUUAGAAACCCUCCCUAUGAUCUAAGUGGCCAUCUGAUGCCACCCGCUCGCGUCAUACUCUCUCCUUUGGACCUUCUGUUGCAGCCUGAAUACAAAGUAGCAGAUCCCAUUUGUACCUUCCUCUUCUCUGUGUUUGUCCUGGGGACCACGAUCACCAUACUCAGGGAUGUUUUCAGGAUACUCAUGGAAGGUAAACUCAACUCAACAGCCUUUUCUGUUUCUCCUGCUCUGAAGUGAGCCAGUUGUAAAUUAAUUUAUUUAUAGAAAAAUACCACAAUAAAGCAUGGCCUUGAGUUCCAUUAGGUUUUUUGAAUGGACUAUUAAUGGGAUAGCCCUCUGUCCCCAAAUAUUCUACAGGGGCUCCUAAGGGAAUAGAGUUUAACUCAGUGAAGGAGGUGUUGCUUUCUCUGAAGAUGGUGAAGGCUAUGCACAACCUGCGCCUGUGGGCCCUGACCGCGGGACAGACCCUGGUCUCCGUCCAUGUAGCCAUCGGUGAGACCCAGCCUCCCUUAGUCUGACACAUGACAUCACUCCAUUUAGAUUGUGCAUGUACAAUCUACCAUGUUGAUUCACACGUUGCCAGUAGUGGCCAACAGAAACCAACUGACACAUGCAACUAAACAGUUAGACAUUACAGCCCAAAAAGCACAAUUGUUGACAUCUGUUAUGGCUAUUGUUAUUUCCCAGAGGAGAAUGCUGAUCCCCAGAGUGUCCUUAAGGAGGCUACAGAGAUCCUCCAAACCAAGUUUGGUUUCUACAGAACCACCAUCCAGGUGGAGCCCUACUCUGACGACAUGGCCUACUGCACACACUGCCAGGACCCUAUGGACUAACAGCAGUGGAGGCUGCUGAGGGGAGGACGGCUCAUAAUAAAUGGCUGGAACGGAGCAAAUGGAAUGGCAUCAAAUACAUGGAAACCAUGUUUGAUGUAUUUAAUACCAUUCCACCUAUUCCGCUCCAGCCAUUACCAUGAGCCCGUCCUCCCCAAUUAAGGUGCCACCAACAUCCUGUGACUAACAUACACACAACUACCAUGGGGACAGGAGAGAGCUGUCAUUUUGAAAGGAAGUGGGUACUGUAAACAUACAAAAGCAUACAGUGCCUUCAGAAAGUAUUCAUACCCGUUGACUUAUUCUUGUUUUGUCACAGCCUGAAUUCAAAACGGAAUGCAUAUAUAUUUUUCUCUCCCAUCUACACACAAUACCCUAAAAUGACAAAGUGAAAACAUGUUUUUAGAAAUUGUUGCAAAUGUAUUAAAAAUGAAAUACAAAAAUAUCUAAUUUACAUAAGUAUUCACACCACUGAGUCAAUACUUUGUAGAAGCACCAUUGGCAACGAUUACAGCUGACCUGGAUUGUGCAACAUUUGCCCAUUUAUUCUUUCCAAAAUUCUCCAAGCUCUGUCAAAAUGGUUGUUUAUCAUUGCUAGACAACCAUUUUCAAGUCUUGCCAUAGAUUUUCAAGUAGAUUUAAGUCAAAACUGUAACUCGGCCACACAGAAACAUUCACCGUCUUCUUCGUAAGCAACUCCAGUGUAGAUUUGGGCUUGUGUUUUAGGUUAUUGUCCUGCUGAAAGGUGAAUUAAUCUCCCAGUGUCAGGUGUGAAGCAGACUGAACCAGGUUUGCCUCUAAGAUUUUGCCUGUGCUUAGCUCCAUUCCGUUUCUUUUUUUUUAUUAUUAUGAAAAACUCCCCAGUCCUUAACGAUUACAAGCAUACCCAUAACAUGAUGCAGCCACCACUAUGCUUGAAAAUAUGGAGAGUGGUACUCAGUAAUUGCCACAUUUUUUGCAGUAUGACUUUAGUGCCUUGUUGCAAACAGGAUGCAUGUUUGGGAAUAUUUUUUAUUCUGUACAGGCUUCCUUCUUUUCACUCUGUCAAUUAGGUUAGUAUUGUGGAAUAACUACAAUGUUGUUGAUCCAUCUUCAGUUUUCUCCUAUCACAGCCAUUCAACUCUGUAACUGUUUUAAAGUCACCAUUGGCCUCAUGGUGAAAUCCUGAGCGGUUUCCUUCCUCUUCGGCAAUUGAGUUAGGAAGGACGCCUGUAUCGUUGUAGUGACUGGGUGUAUUGAUACACCAUACAAAGUGUAAUUAAUGACUUAAUGUUCAAAGGGAUAUUCAAUGUCAGAUUUUUUUUUUUACCCAUCUACCAAUAGGUGCCCUUCUUUGGAAGGCAUUCGAAAACCUCCCUGGUCUUUGUGGUUUAAUCUGUGUUUGAAAUUCCCUGCUCGACUGAGGGGCCUUACAGAUAAUUGUAUGUGUGGGGUACAGAGAUGAGGGAGUCAUUCAAAAAUCAUGUUAAACACUAUUAUUGCAUAUAGUGAGUCAAUUCAACUUAUUAUGUGACUUAUAGCCUUGGCGUGACCCUGGACAACACCCUGUCGUUCUCCGCUAACAUCAAGGCGGUGACCCGAUCCUGUAGGUUCAUGCUCUACAACAUUCGCAGAGUACGACCCUGCCUUACACAGGAAGCGGCACAGGUCCUAAUCCAGGCACUUGUCAUCUCCCGUCUGGAUUAAUGCAACUCGCUGUUGGCUGGGCUCCCUGCCUGUGCCAUUAAACCCUUACAACUCAUCCAGAACGCCGCAGCCCGUCUGGUGUUCAACCUUCCCAAGUUCUCUCACGUCACCCCGCUCCUCUGCACACUCCACUGGCUUCCAGUUGAAGCUCGCAUCUGCUACAAGACCAUGGUGCUUGCCUACAGAGCUGUGAGGGGAACGGCACCUCUGUACCUUCAGGCUCUGAUCAGUCCCUGCACCCAAACGAGGGCAUUGCGUUCAUCCACCUCUGGCCUACUGGCCCCCCUACCUCAGCGGAAGCACAGUUCCCGCUCAGCCCAGUCAAAACUGUUCGCUGCUCUGGCACGCCAAUGGUGGAACAAGCUCCCUCACGACGCCAGGACAGCGGAGUCACUCACCACCUUCCGGAGACACUUGAAACCCCACCUCUUUAAGGAAUACCUGGGAUAGGAUAAAGUAAUCCUUCUACCCCCCCUUACCCCACCCCAAAGAAAAAAAAAUAUAUAUAUAUUGUUAAGUGGUUGUCCCACUGGCUAUCAUAAGGUGAAUGCACCAAUUUGUAAGUCGCUCUGGAUAAGAGCGUCUGCUAAAUGACGAAAAUGUAAAUGUAAAUGUUAUUAUGUGGCAAAUUGACAUGUGGCAAAUCAUUUUUAUAUAUUUGUAAAAAUGUCAAAAAACAUAAUUCCACUUUGACAUUAUGGGGUAUUGUGUGUAGGCCUGUGACAAAAAAUCUCAAUGUAAUCAAUUUUAAAUUCAGGCUGUAACACAACAAAAUUUGGAAAAGGUAAAGGGGUGUGAAUACUUUCUGAAGGCACUGUAAUUGAGGAUGUAAAUUAGGAAUGGAAACACUGCAAAAGCAUCACCAUGAGACCCAAAAAACAUUUUCUGAUCCAUCAUCAGCUUUACAGGACGUACUGUGCAUAUGUUCACCAUAUCAUGCCAAAGAUUUCCAUAUAAAUACCAUUCAUUCAAGAGCUAUUGAUAUUCCAGAAAAUGGAUUUCAUGCCAAGAAACUGCAUCUCAGGGAGUGAGACAUGUUAAAUAGAAAAAUAUUAUGAUGAAUGUAUCAGCACAUAUUUCUAGUAGUGUAUGCCAUUACUUCACCAGUCUGUGCUGAUGUAGUGCAUUUUUAGACAGCCAUUUGGCUUUAGCAUUCCCUCAUUGGCAUGGUGCUUUAGGUCAGCAACACAGGGUAAUAGCUUGUCUCUGAGUUCUUUGGAGUAAUACAUUGAUAUUGACGUAAGAACCCUGAAACCAAUGAGAUUUCUGUUGAUUCUGUCUUACCCAGGCCUUUAUCUGUGCUUCAGUCGAGGGUGUCUGCCAAAUGGUAG